CAAAAGGGACACUACCCCUGUGGACUAGAAACUGAAUAAUACUAUAUACAGCGUUAAAAUGAAGGUCCCUGUACCGGAGGAUGUAAAAGAUGAAACUGUAGAGGAGAAACCAGGGGAUGAAAAUGAAGACGACAAGGUUCUGUUUAAGCCUGUUAUUGAAGACCUAAGCAUGGAACUGGCCAGAAAGUGCACUGAACUCAUCAGUGAUAUCCAUUAUAAAGAAGACUAUAAGAAGUCUAAGGACAAGUGUGCUUUUGUGACUGACACUCCUAUGCUAAAUCAUGUAAAACAUGUUGGUGCUUUGAUUUCUGAGGCAAAGUACAAGGGGACAGCCAAGGCAAACCUCUCCAAUUCUCUUUAUAAGCAGAUGCCAGCCACAAUUGACAGUGUCUUUGCAAGAGAAAUCACCCAGCUUCAGAGUGAGGUUGCCUACAAGCAGAAACAUGAUGCUGCCAAAGGAAUUUCAGAUUAUGCCCAUAUGAAGGAGCCACCAGAGGUCAAACAUGCCAUGGAAGUCAACCGACACCAGAGUAACAUUUCUUACAGAAAAGAUAUGCAGGAUGCCCACAUGUACAGCGCAGAGCUCAACAGACCAGACAUCAAGAUGGCCACACAGAUCUCCAAGAUCAUAAGCAAUGCAGAAUACAAGAAAGGACAAGGAAUAAUGAAUAAAGAGCCUGCUGUAAUUGGAAGACCAGAUUUUGAACAUGCUGUGGAAGCUUCUAAACUUUCUAGUAAAAUAAAAUACAAAGAAAAAUUUGACAGCGAGAUGAAGGAUAAGAAACAUCAUUACAACCCCCUUGAAAGUGCUUCUUUCAGGCAAAGUCAACUUGCCAAUAUACUGGCAAGUGAUGUGGAGUACAAGAAAGACAUGAAAAAUAUGCAUGGUCACGUUUCAGAUCUCCCAAACUUGUUUUUAGAACAUGCUUUGAAAACCAGCAAAAUGCUCAGCGGACGAGAGUACAAGAAGGGCUUUGAGGAAAACAAAGGGCUGUAUCACUUUGAUGCUGAUGCUGCAGAGCACCUGCACCACAAAGGCAACGCCACACUCCAGAGCCAGGUGAAAUACAAAGAAGAGUAUGAGAAGAACAAGGGGAAAUCAAUGCUUGAAUUUGUUGAAACACCAUCCUAUCAAGCUUCCAAGGAGGCUCAGAAAAUGCAGAGUGAGAAAGUUUACAGAGAGGACUAUGAGAAGGAGAUUAAAGGAAGAUCAUCAUUGGACUUGGACAAGACUCCAGAAUUUCUGCAUGUAAAGUACAUCACCAACCUUAUGAAGGAGAAAGAGUAUAAAAAAGAUCUGGAAAAUGAAAUAAAAGGAAGAGGAAUGGAACUUACUUCAGAAGUCCUUGAUAUUCAGAGAGCCAAACGGGCAUCUGAGAUGGCUAGUGAGAAAGACUAUAAACGAGAUCUGGAGAUUGAAAUCAAAGGCAGAGGCAUGCAGGUGAGCUCGGAUACACUUGAUAUCCAGAGAGCUAAGAAGGCUUCCGAGAUGGCCAGUGAGAAAGGAUACAAGAAGGACUUGGAAAAUACAAUUAAAGGGAAAGGAAUGCAAGUGAGCAUGGAUAUCCCAGACAUGCUUCGAGCCAAGAGGGCAUCAGAGAUCUACAGUCAGAAAAAGUAUAAAGAUGAAGCAGAGAAAAUGCUCUCCAACUAUUCUACAGUGGCAGAUACUCCUGAAAUUCAGAGAAUUAAGACAACCCAGCAAAACAUUAGUGCAGUAUUUUAUAAGAAAGAAAUAGGAGCUGGCACAGCAGUAAAAGAUACCCCGGAGAUUGAACGGGUGAAGAAAAACCAGCAGAAUAUCAGUUCAGUGAAAUACAAGGAAGACAUGAAACAGGCAACAGCCAUCUCUGAUCCACCAGAGCUGAAGCGAGUGAAAGAAAAUCAGAAGAAUCUCAGCAAUCUCCAGUAUAAAGGGCGCUACUACAAGGCUACUCCAGUGAGCUCUACACCAGAGAUAGAGAGAGUGAGGAGGAACCAGGAGCAGCUGAGUAUGAUAAAAUACAGAGGUGAGAAGAAACAAGCAACAACCAUCUCUGAUCCGCCAGAGCUGAAGCGAGUGAAAGAAAACCAGAAGAACAUCAGCAAUGUUUGUUAUAAAGGUCAAGGUCAACUGGGAAGAGCUACAGCUUUAAGUGUAACUCCUGAAAUGGAAAGAGUAAAGAAGAACCAAGACAAUAUCAGUUCGGUAAAAUAUACCCAGGACCAAAAGCAGAUGAAAGGUAGACCAAGUCUAAUUCUAGAUACACCUGGUCUGAGACAUGUCAAAGAAGCACAGAAUCAUAUUUCAAUGGUAAAAUACCAUGAAGAUUUUGAAAAGACAAAGGGGAGAGGUUUUACUCCAGUUGUGGAUGACCCCGUGAUGGAGCGAGUGCGGAAGAACACCCAGGUGGUCAGUGAUGCCGCCUAUAAGGGCGUCCACCCUCACAUUGUGGAGAUGGACCGACGGCCUGGAAUUAUUGUAGACCUCAAAGUCUGGCGCACAGAUCCUGGCUCUAUCUUCGACAUUGAUCCCCUGGAAGACAAUAUUCAGUCUAGAAGUCUUCAUAUGCUCACUGAAAAGGCAAGUCAUUAUAGGAGACACCGGUCUCAGUCUCUUUCCAGCAGUACUUUUGGGACAGGGCUGGGUGAUGACAAGUCAGAGCUAUCGGAGGCUUACCCUAGCUUUUCCUGCUGCAGUGAGGUCACAAGACCAUCUGAAGAUGGAGCACCUGUUCUUCCUGGAGCCUACCAGCAAAGCCAUGCCCAAGGCUAUGGGUACAUGCACCAGACCAGCCUGUCAUCCAUGAGAUCAAUGCAGCAUUCGCCAAACCUAAGGACCUACCGGGCCAUGUACGACUACAGCGCCCAGGAUGAAGACGAGGUCUCCUUCCGGGAUGGCGACUACAUUGUCAACGUGCAACCCAUUGAUGACGGCUGGAUGUAUGGCACCGUGCAGAGAACGGGCAAGACCGGCAUGCUGCCAGCCAACUACAUUGAGUUUGUCAACUAAGCCUCCUCUUCGCCCUUUAAGCUGUACCCUAGUGUAUACUAAAUCUUUUUCAAAGAUAGGAGAUCUUCUGAGACAACUUGGCAGUUAUUUUACAACCCUUUAUCCUCACUCUGACAAUUAGCAACACAGGUACCAGGAGGAAGGAAUGACUCUUGGAGGCUGAAAAACAAGCAGCGUUUUUGUUAAUUCCUCUAAAAGAAAUAAUUGGGUCUGGAGACCUGGUGCUGCUAAUUGUGUAAAUGGUUUUCUUUGAUGGGCUAUGGAACCCUUUCGGGAUCUGAAUUUUUGUAAACUUUACUAGAGAUAUUGAUUGUCCUUUCAGUGUAACAAGUAUUUGAACCUUCUUAGCUGUCACUUUGGCAUCACCAGAAAAGCUAGUUCUCUUAAUUUAGUAGCACACCCAAUAAUCUCAGCACCACUUAAUUUUUGAGUCUCUAAGCAAUUUCUUGCUUGAUAUGAAAAAUAUAAGCAGUGGCAGAAUGACAGCUUGGCUGAGGUUGUAUUGACUGGUAUUGUAUUCCUCCGAGAUGGAAAAAUUUCAACUCAACAAAGAAAUUUCCUGGUUCUUUCGGUUGACUGGGGUCUAUAUAUUUCUCAUUUGUACCAAGUCAACCCUGCAUUUUGUGGCUCUAGGUAUAGACAUGGGCCCACAGGGUGUCAGAUUAAAUGACUUUACAGCUACUCUGCAAAGGGCAACAUUUAAGGCCAUCCACAUGAUUUCCCUAGUAAGCUCUACCCUGAUGCAUGUCAUGUAGGUUCAAGCUUCUGUAACAUAGACAGCUGAGCUGCCUAUUCCUGUAUUAAAGCAUAUAUAUAUAUAUAUAUAUAUAUAUAUAUAUAUAUAUGGACAAUAGCUGAAAAUCCUUCCCUCUAGUGCAAGCUCAUCAGAAGAAAAAAAAAAAAAACUUUGAAAAGGUUGCUUGAGAUUCUCUUGCUGCAUUGCACUCUAGUUUUGAAGGAUCCACACCUUAGAAAAUAGAUAUGCACUCUAGAAAAUAAGUGUUUAAUCAACAGCUUCCAUUAACUUAAUGCCACUGUGGAUUUAAAAGGAAAACAGGAGCCACUGGAAAACAAUGGAAUAUGAAAAAAAAAUUACCAGCUCCACAAAGAAAGAAAUCAUCUGGUUUCUUGUCUUGGAAAAUGACAUUCAGAUUCUGGAAUGGAAAUUUAGCCACCUGAAAAGAACUCCCUUUCCACAUUCUGGUUUUGAUUUUCUAAAUCACAUUUAGGGGAGGAGAGAGGCAAGGCAACAACGAUUUUUUCAGUACAGGGCCAACAAGAUUGUUCACUAAAAAAUAAGCAAAUGGAACAGUUUGGAUUUUCAAGCAAGUAGCCAUGUAGGCUCUUGCCGGAUUUGCCAUUUUGCCAUUAGGUUAGGAAACUCUCCUUGAAGUCCAGUCAAGAUCACCUAAGAAAUUAACAUCAUCAUCAGCUCUUUGUUUUUACCUGAUUGAGGCAUUUUAUUGGAACCUGAAACAAGGUAGCAUUUUUCUAGGGUCUGACUACAGCUGUAAUGAAAAGAGAAAGUUAAAUAAAAUUAUGAAAUAUCUAGGUCUUGAUAUAUCUAUCUACUCUUAUGUGAUAUACUCAAGGAAAAACGUAGUCCAAGUACUAGUCAUUAUAUAUUUGAUGCCAUUACAUUCUACUUUGAAAAGCACCUUUGAAAAAUUUUAUCAGACAAAAAACAAAAUAAGGUUUAUCACACUCAAGCUGUAUCUACAUGACAUCAAUUUAAAAUUGAUAAGAGAAAAUUUCAAGCAAAGAACUAGAGCACUUUUGAGGGGGGUUUUGUAGAUUAGUAAUGAUUUUCCAUUACUCAACUGAUCCAUUAUGAUUAAAUUGAUGAACCACCAUUAUCUACUUUGUCUUUUACAUAAAUCCUUAAAGACAAACUGAAUUUGCAGUCUUGCAAAAGUUUCUGUGCAUUUAAAUUGAAGCUUACUCAAUUUUAUUAUAUUGUUAAGUAAAUAUUUACAUUUCACUUGCACAGGCCAGCUUUUGUGAUUAUUAAGAAAGAGUAGUUGUCAGUUAGAAUUGCAAAAUAAAUGUAGGGCUGGCACAAUUUUUGAUAAGUAGCAUAUUUAUGAGAAGCUCAAAGGUAACUGAUUUGUAAUGAAGAUUAAAUUCUGUAAAAUUCUUAUAAUAGGAUAGCAGGUUAGACAUUUCAUUUUAUUUUUCAGCCACAGAUCUCAAAAUCAGAUUCAUUGAAGGUAAAAAUCAAUACUUGUUUUGGGAAAUAAUUCUUCUAAAUGUUUAAGCUUUACAUAAUGUUCAGAAAGCAACUUGAUUCCACUUCUAGCAUUGGGAUUUCAAGAUCUGAUCAGAACUUAGCUAGAGGGCAGUUAUUUUACAAAAAAAAGAGGAAGAAAAAAGACAUUACAUACAUACUCCUGACGCAUUAAUUUGAGUUGGCAUUGUUACUGAAACCUAUGAGAAUAUUAUGGAUCUCAGCAGGAAAAAAAAACAAAAACCAGAAAGCGUAUAUGUAUAAUACCAAAGCGCUAUUUUGACUGCAUCAUUUUUUAAAAGCUACAUUCUUGGAAGACUUUUCCAUUUCCCACACACUCCAUCCCAUUUUCAACUCGGCAACAGGCACUCUCAUACAUAACACUGACAGCUAAGGAAGAGUUUGAAAGGAAGUCUUUUAAAAACUAAGUUAAGGAAGUCAUGUAAAUGCCCAAUCCAGAAAGCAUGUUCCCGAAUUUCUCAACGUGUUGUGCUCACAAGCCUGAUAAAAGCACAAGGAGCAGUCUGAGGUCCUUUUAAAGAGUUCUGAAAACAAAAUGGUCUGUGGAGCACAUCUAAUCUUGAGAAAAGUAAAGUAACCGAAUAUUUUGCGGUUGCUGUUAAGUUUUUGUAGUAAAUGUUUUUACUGAUUCCUGUUCUCUGGGAAAGCUUUCUAUUUUGUACCUGCAGCAAAACAAGUUCUUCCUGUCUUCUUGUUAUUGUUCACACACCUACAGUGUAGUCCAGUUUGGAAUAUAUAUAAAUUGUCAGAUUUCCAUAUACUUGUCCAGUCUCCUGAGUCUUCUCAGGUCUCCCUCUGCACCUCCAGUCACCACAUGGGAUUUUCAGGCAAGGUUUCCAAGAGUCCCUUUUCUGAACACGGAUGAGCUUAGCUCAGCUGCCCAUCCCAAUAGGUUCAUUGCUUAACAAUGAAUAAGAAGUAAUUCUGCCCUUCCCCUCAGUGUUUCUUUCCCUAUCCUCUCUGUGCUGAGCUUGACAACACUGAAGACAUUGAGAAGCCAGCUUUUCUAAGACAGAUAGUGGAAGUUCAAGAGAGGCACCUCUCUUUCAGGUCCUUCCACCAUCAGUGGAGUGUUUUUAAUGAAAAGAUAAAGAAAACGUGAUUAUUUAGUGACGUGUCCCUGUAUAAAGUGGCUAUAGUUUAUACCAAAAUGAUAAUAUAGAUAUUUAAAAAAAAAAAUAGGUGCCUUUUGCCCUUUUAAUUUCCCUUGUUUCUACAUUAUGAUCUUAGAAAGAAAGCCAAGCAAGCAAGCUUCUGCCUAAUCUAUAGUGAUAUUUUAUUAUACAUGAUUGGUAUUUUUGUGGUGGGAAACUAAGAGAUUCCUGACAAAUAUAAAAGAUGAUAGUUGAUAGUAUUUUACCUCUAAAGGCUUAGAAGUUUAGAAAAUGCAGACUUCUAUCUAUUUCUGAAAGGCUCUUUAUGGAUUUAUAUAUAGUUAAGAUGCAUAAGCAGUAAAUCAAGGGUGGGAAUUUUAGAUGUAUUUUUAAGCUAGGAGAAUUAAGAGACUGAAGUCAUUACACAAGAUAAAAUUCACUUCAUAAACUCAUGAUACCUUAGCUCUUUGCUUCUGAUAAUCUAAAAGUGGCUAGGGUGUGAAUGUUUUGAAUAAGAUGAUUUGAGGUAAGAAAGUUUUCAUUAAGUUUAAAGCUAGGUAAACUUAAGUUUAAAGUUUAAAUCUUAAAAUGAAAGUCAAGUAUUCUGUGCCCUUUACAACCCUUUCCAGGCAACUAAGGGGCAGGAGAGUAGGUAAACACUUUGUGAUCAUAAAACUCAAGACAUUGUAUUAUGCCUCCUUGGCCACUGUUCCAUGAUGUGUGGGCAUCUAGAAUGCACAAGUUUGGAAAGAUCCCCUGGCAGAUUCCUUCCCCAGUUGUUCAUAUUACUUAAGUGUAUUCAUGGGAACUCCAUCUGAUUUUUGUGUUUGCUCUAUGGUAUCCAGUUUGCAUAGUAUAUAUUUCUUUGUAAUCCAGUUGCUGUUAAGAAUAAUGUACUUUAAAAGAAAAGAGAAAACUGCAUCAGAGUCCCAUUAUUCAGUGUCCAUGUAAUGAAUGAGCAUUUAGAAGCAGCACCAAGUGGGUUGCAGCCAUGAUGUAGAGCAUGCCAUUGUACUGUUUGACUUCUAUUUGCCUCAAAAUAUCUAGAGCUGUGGUGGAUGAUUAAUGUGCAAGAUUGUGAUGACUUUGAGUGUCUACAGUUUUGAAAGGAAAUAGUGUUUUUAAAAGGAAGGGGUUUACAGAAUGAUGCAAAGUUAUGAAAUAUAAUCUAGCAUUUGUGAUGCAAAUUGUUAACACCAGCUAUUAAAAUAAUAUUUUAGUAGAAAUGCUUUAAUCCAUUUUUUUCCUUCUACACUGUGAUUCUUUAACCUUAGUGGACUAGAGUAACAUCGUGCUGCCCACAGGACUUACCUAUGCAAACUAGUUCACACUGUAGUGGAUGUCAUGGUCAAUGUGUAAUGCCUAAUGACACUGAACACAUCCAGCCUAACAUCAUGUCUGUGUAGUGUGGUCACCACUCACAAACCCUUCAAGACUACUACAGUCAUUAGCAUCAGUAUUUGUUUCCAAGCAAGUCCCUGACGUACCUAUCAAAACUACUUGAAUGAUGUCAGAAUGGGAAUGACAGAGGAAUAUAUCAACUAUUGGCUUUUUUGUGGUCACUGCAAAUGUUUGCCUUUACUAUAUCUGCGUACUCAGAUGCACUUUUCAGGAUAUUAUGGUAAUGAUUCUUUGUCUUCUUUCUGUAUCUGUAAAACAUGAACAUGCUUUAAUUUCUGGUUUCAACACAUUCGGUUUGCUUAAAUAAAUGCAGGAUGUAACCAAA